AAUUCAACUGAAUUUUAUGAUUUAUGCAAAGAUUCUGAUAUUGAAAGUGAAAACCACUUUAACAGCAAGAAACUUUACAAAGAGACAAGAAAUGAAGAUAUUAAUUGGAGUGGAGAUAAGAAUAAUGAUGAAAGUGAAAAUG